AGGCCAGGAGGAAUCCAGUUCAGACUGGAGCAGGAGGGAUACGUUUUGACUGGUCACAUUGUACGGCAUGAAUCGACUGUUUUUUUAAUCUAACUUUGCAGAGAUCUUUAUAGAUCUCAAGCCUUUUGGUGGACCUUAUGUUUUAAUUGGCUUUCUUUAUCAACACGCUUUUGUUUUGGGAGCACAAUUAACACUCGGACCGUUUAAUACUUGCUGGUCAGUGCUUCUCAGGCUUUGGCCAUGAGUUUUUUCGGGUAUCGCCGAGAGCUGAGCAAGUACGAAGAUGUCGACGAGGACGAGCUCUUGGCGUCGCUCAGCCCGGAGGAGUUGGCCGAGUUGGAAAAGGAGCUGGUCGACAUCGACCCUGACGCCAACGUGCCCAUUGGACUCAGACAGAGAGACCAGACAGACAAAACCCCAACGGGUACUUUCAGCAGAGAAGCCCUCAUGAAGUACUGGGAGAACGAGACCCGUAAACUUUUGGAAAAUGAGAUAGCAGGAGGGAGCCCCAAACUGGAUGAAGAACAAGAAGACGAGUGUCUGACAGAGGAAAGCAGUGAAGAGGAGGAAGAAAAAAACGACGAGAGUGAAAAGGAAAGCAAACGGUCAGAAAAUUCAAAGGGGGAAGAUCACAAAGAGGAAGACAGUGAUGAAGAAGAAGAGGAAGAAAGUGAGGAAGAGGAGCCUGUAACAGAAGAAGACGACGAUGACGCUGAAACGGAUGGAGACACACAAGACGAUGUGGCAAAACCUGAACCCUUGGGAGACUCGGUGCAUGCGGUCAAACCGACACUACUGAGGCCUCAGAAGGUGGAGCCUGUGAGGCUGACUCCGCCCCCUCCACCAGUGGACCUAAUCACCAGUGGGAACCCUACAGUUGUUGAGGAUGCGCUGCAACGAGUUCUCAGUGACGACUCCGAACUCACUGAGGUGAAUCUGAACAACAUUGAUGACAUCACACAGGAAACUCUAAUUCGAUUUGCCGAAGCACUAAGAGCUAACACCCACGUGCGAGUCUUCAGUCUUGCGAACACGCGGGCCGAUGACCACGUCGCUCUGGCCAUCGCCAAGAUGCUGAAGGAGAACGCAUCCAUCACCAGUCUGAACAUCGAGUCCAACUACGUGAGCGGGAAGGGAGUGACGGCGUUGGUCCAAGCACUUCCAGGCAACAACACCCUGACCGAGCUCCGCUUUCACAACCAGAGGCACAUGUGUGGAGGACAGGUGGAAAUGGAGAUGGUGAAGAUUCUGAGGGAAAACCACACUUUGAUCAAGCUUGGCUACCAGUUCAACCUCCCCGGUCCCAGGAUGAGCAUGACUGGGAUACUGACCAGGAACCAGGACCGUCAGAGGCAGAGACGGCUGCAGGAGCAACGGCAACAGCAACAAGGAGGGCAAGAUGGAGCUGUGAACCCCAGAACCUCUGCGCUGAGAGGAACGCCCAGUUCGUCGCCCUACACUUCACCCAGAGCCUCACCUUGGUCCUCACCCAAACUAACGGCUAAAAAACAGACUCCGCCGCCUCCUCCUCCACCUCCACCUCCGCCCCCACCUCCUCCGCCGCCUCCGCCUCCUCUGCUCCUCCCACCGCAACAGGAGAAGAAGAGGCCCACGCGGAUGAUCGCGGAGGUCAUCAAGGCCCACGAGGCGGGCAGCAAGAAGGUCGCCAAAGCCAAAGGGAAGAAGGGCAAGAAGAGCAAGGCGAAGGAGACGAAGGGGGAGACGGGCUGCAUCCUGAAGGAGCUCAAGAACGCCCUGAGGCCCGUGUCGGCCGAGAGGAGGGCGGAGGAGGGCGGCAGCAGGCCAUCCACGCCGAUGAGGUCCGCCCACGAUCAGCUAAUGGAGUCCAUCCGCAGCAGCAGCCUCAGGACCCUCAGACGGGUGGAAGUUCCACAUCAUCUACGAUAAGGAACGAAGACGUCGGCCCUGCGGGAUGAUGGUGGCGACGAUGGAAGAGGAGACAAAUUGGAUUUCUUUCUCGGAGAAAAUGGGAAGGUGUACUGGAAAUUUGCACUCAAAAUCCUGAACUAUUUUUUGAUAUUUAAAGAUACUGUCCCCCCCAUCCGCUUUUGCAAAAAAUAAUUCCUACUUGUUUCAGGUCACCAAACAAAUUUUAAUAUCAAACACAUGCAACCUGAGUAAAUACAGAAUGCAGUUUCCAAAUAAUAAAAUAAAAAGCUAUUCAAAGCAGGUGAAAUUCAUUUAUUCCAAAUUGUCUUCAGAUUUUGACACAUUAGCAAACUUCAGUUUGUUAGAAAAAUUUUCUAACUAUAAGAGUCAGCAUUUGCAAGGUAAGUGGCUGUCUAGGGCCUCCACGCCACCAGGGGGCCCCAAGAGCAAUAAACUAGCAUUAUAUUAAAAUUUAAAAAAAAAAAUAACAUUGAAUAAUGCAAACUAAGUGCUAUUGCUAUGUUAUUUUUGUAGAUAAUAAUGAUUACUCUCUUCCUGUUGAUGGCUGCUGCCACUGUUGGGGAAAUAUAAGAUAUUAAAUUUAGUGUUUAUCAGUUGAUGUUACUUUCAAAUAGUUAAAAUAAGAUGUCACACUUAAAUACCACUCUGCAUUUUAAAAUCCAAGUGAUUUUUUUUUAACAUUUGUUACUCCUGUAAGUUUGAAAUCAAUAGUCAUAAUAGUACUAGUAUAAUGUACGCUAACAACAAACGAUGCUAAUGAUAGCAGGUAUGUUACACACAUAGAGUAGCUUAGGAGUUAUAAAUCAUCUGGUGUUGAAAUGUGGGUAGGGGGGCUGCUUAGGGCCCCAAAAAGGCUUGGACCGGCCCCGGUGACAAAUCAAUUUGAACUUUUUAAAGUUUUUUCCCCCCCCUCAACCAAUUUUAUUCCAGUUUUGAAAGCAGCAUUUUGUAUCUACUCUGGCUAUUUUAGUCUGAUGAUCUUAAUCAUUAAAGUGUGACAAAAAAAAAAAGAAAAAUGUCCUGCUUUAGCAUCCUCCCACGGUAGAAAGUGACAUGCGUUUUUCUUAUUCGUGUUUACUGACAUUUUCUAAAUGUCUAUUUUCAUGUAAGACUGUAAAUAUGGUGUGUGUGUGUUUUUUUUUGGUUGAAAUAUGUGUUCGUUUCUAAAUAUAUCCAUUCACUUACUUGCA